UUUCAGCUAAUCCAAAAGUAAAUGAGAAACUUAGAAAAAGACUGCCAACUCCAGAUCAACAUAUUUAGAGAAAAUUGGAAAAAGAGAAGCUUACUACAGCUUUAUUUGAGGACUUUUUAAAGAACGCAGGGUUCUAGCUGGGAGCUUCAAAUCUUGGAGCAAAAAACCAGAGACCUUGCCAGAGCAAACAAGAACAGAAGUACAAAUGGAAGACUGGUCAAAAGAUAUAGCCCACAGUUAUCUUGAACAAGAGACUACAGGGAAAAAUAAAAGUACACAGCCAGAUGAACAACUGAACAUGAAUUCUGAGGGAAGUUUGCAUCAGAAAUCUACUGAAUUAAUUAAUGAAGUCACAUAUGAGGGCACAGAACGGCUAGGGCAGAUGUCAAGGAAUUUUCAGGUCAUUGGUCCUUAUCCAGACGUCGGUUCUUAUCCAGAUAAUCAGACAGUUUACUGCUCUACUGAAAAAUCCAACAAUAUGGAACAUGGAAAUAAUGAUUUACCUUAUGAAAGUAGGAUUCCUUGUCAAGCCACUUUAGACUUAAAUAAGGAGAAGACAAUAGCGUUUCUUCUAAAAGAAUUGGAUAUUCUCAGAACAAGCAAUAAAAAGCUUCAAGAGAAAUUAACUAAAGAAGAUAAAGAACAGAGAAAGCUAAAGUUUAAGCUGGAACUCCAAGAGAAAGCAACAGAAGCUAAAAUUGCUGAAAAGAUAGCAGCUCUGGUUGAAGAAGUGUAUUUUGCUCAGCGGGAACGUGAUGAAGCUAUUAUGUCUAGGCUGCAAUUAGCCAUUAAGGAGAGGGAUGAAGCAAUUGCAAGAGCCAAGCAUAUGGAAAUGUCUCUAAAAACGCUAGAAAAUAUUAACCCUGAAGAAAAUGACAUGACAUUACAGGAAUUACUGAACAGAAUAAACAAUGCAGACACAGGAAUAGCUAUUCAGAAGAAUGGAGUUAUAAUUGUGGAUAGAAUCUACAAGACCAAGGAAUGUAAAAAGAGAAUAACUGCAGAAGAAAUGAGUGCAGUGAUAGAAGAACGGGAGGCUGCUUUGUUUCAGUGCAAACGGCUAGAGCAGGAGCUUCAUCAUCUGAAAGAGCAGAACCAGACUUCAGCAAACAACAUGAGACAUCUGACUGCUGAAAACAAUCAAGAACGUGCUCUGAAGGGCUACAGCUUCCAUCUUCCGCAUCCUGCUCUUCACAGGGAGCUCAGCUGCCACUGCCACUGCUGCCGCUACUCAGACAUCAUGGCGGUCUGGGCUGCUGCCACAGCCAUGGGUGCCGCUGCUGUGAUCAUUGCCUGCCCAUGCCUGAGGCAACAUGUGAGUUUGGACCGUGAAGCCCCCGCAAGCAGGAUCUUCUGA